CUUGACCCGGAAGUGUAUGUAAUAAAGAUCCAUAAUUGUUUGGCGAUAUCAUAUUUUGGUCAAAUGAUGUGUCAGACUGCGUAAUUUUUUGCUGUUUUUCAGGAUUUGUCGGGUCUGAUUUAAACACGUCAAUAUGACUAGUGCGUGCGCUGUCUCUUCAAAAAUCUUUUUGCUUGUUGUCAGUUUAUUGUUUUGGGCUGCAGCUGUUGGCCUCUGCUUCGUAGGAUCAUGGGUCUACUCGACGUACAGCCACUUCGAGGAGCUGACGGACGCCUCACUGACACUGCUGCCUGCAAGCAUCAUGAUCGCUGUCGGCAUCUUCAUGUUCAUCAUCGGCCUCCUCGGCUGCGUGGCCGCCUGCAAGGAAAACAAAUGCCUCUUGGCCACGUUCUUCUCACUGAUUCUGAUUGUCUUUUUGGGUGAGGUAAUUGGAGGAGUCAUGGGAUAUGUGUACAGAGAUGAUGUGCGGCAGACUGUGUCUGAUGACCUGUGGGGUGCGGUGAACCGCUACAACGAAUCCACCUACCAACACCAAGUCGACUACGUGCAAGAGCAGCUCCAUUGCUGUGGUGUUAACAAUGCUAGUGAUUGGCUGGACUCGAAGGUGUGGUCUGGGGGUCACCCCAACUCGGUCCCGAAGAGUUGCUGCAUCAACCAAACGAACCUAACGAUCUGUGACAACCAACUCAACUCGACCAACCAUGACAUCUACACCGAGGGUUGCCUGGACUCUCUGAAGGACAAAUUUCUCAAGAACCUGAUUUACAUAGCUAGUGUGUCCAUCUCAUUUGCUGUUAUACAGAUUCUUGGCCUGUUGAGUGUCUGUGUGUUGCUGUGUCGUUCGCGAGAAGUGCGGUAUGAGACCCUGACCAACGCCCAGCGAGAUGGACUCCGGGUGUGAACCAACAAGCAGACAGCAUGCAACACAACACAACAGUGAAGUCAGCCAAACACACGUAGUUAAUUGGGCUUACUCCCAUUUGGUCGAAUUCCCAAUUGGUCGAACUGCUAAAACAACAGUAGAUAUGGUUCAAUCGUCUUAUUGACAUGCAUGUUGUUACCUUAGUCAUUAUAAUGAACUGUUCCAGAUUAUUUGAAAACCGAUUAUUAUUGAUAGAUGGUAUAGAUAUCGCUUAACGCAUAAAGUAUGCAAAUAUGACAACUAUCGAAAUAAUCCAUGUAUUGAAUGUAGUGAAUGUCUGUAAUUAAUUAAAAAGGUCUCCAUCUAAAAAUGUUUAUUUCACAAAAAGCAAAAAGAAUUCAACAUUUUAAAAUAUUCAUAUUUAUUCACAAGAGGUCAUGGAAAAACUAUGAAAAACUGGAGAAAAUAUGUUCAUGUACGGCAGCCCGUUUAUGUACAUUGGUAAAUAAACCAUUGUCCGUCUAUAAUAAAAAAUUGUACUAACACGAAGAGGUCAUGUUCAUUUUACAUUCACAGGUAAUCAGGUAGUGGUUAUAUAACAGACGAGUACUUAUUUUUCGACUAAUUGGCCUUUCGACCAAUUGGGAAUUUGACCAAAUGGGACGACACCGUUAGUUUUAUGUCAGUAAUUACCUCACCAAAUUCAACACUGAGUGUUAGUACUUACCCUGCAACUUUAGAAUUGUCUGUACUGAAUUGAGCCAUUAUUACAGUGAUUGUAGAUGUGUUAUGUUACAAAUGUAUUGAAUCGGAUGUUAUAUUGAUGUAUUUGGGUUUAAAAGGUAAAUACUGUGUAUUAUGAUGCAUCCCACCUGUCUGGAUAUCUAAGAAUCGUUGCUGUGAAAGUAUUUUGACAGGAGGAAACUCCAAUCUUCUGGCUUCGACUAGUUCUCUAUCUGUAUUUGUGAAAAAGUCUUAUUGACAGGAGGAAACUUCGACUAGUUCACUAUCUGUAUUUGUGAAAAAGUCUUAUUGACAGGAGGAAACUUCAACUAGUUCUCUAUCUGUAUUUGUAAAAAAGUCUUAUUGACAGGAGAAAACUUUGACUAGUUCUCGAUCUGUAUUGGUGAAAAAGUCUUAUUGACAGGAGGAAACUUUGACUAGUUCUCUAUCUGUAUUUGUAAAAAAGUCUUAUUGACAGGAGAAAACUUUGACUAGUUCUCGAUCUGUAUUGGUGAAAAAGUCUUAUUGACAGGAGGAAACUUUGACUAGUUCUCGAUCUGUAUUGGUGAAAAAGUCUUAUUGACAGGAGAAAACUUUGACUAGUUCUCGAUCUGUAUUGGUGAAAAAGUCUUAUUGACAGGAGGAAACUUUGACUAGUUCUCGAUCUGUAUUGGUGAAAAAGUCUUAUUGACAGGAGGAAACUUUGACUAGUUCUCGAUCUGUAUUGGUGAAAAAGGAAGGGCCUAAUAUUACUUUGUAACGUUUAUUACACUGAGGUUACAAAGAUUCUACAGGGCAUAAACUAAUAAAUAGAGAAUAUUUCAUGUUUUUUGACAAAUGCGAUUUAUAUUUAUCUCAUGAAGUUUACAUUCAUAUCUCACAAGUCGCAACGAGUGGGAUAUGAUUGCAAACUUCACAAGAUGAGAUAUAAAUCAUAUUUGACAAAAAACAUGAAAUUUUCUAUUUAUUAUAUAACUUUUAGCAAUUUACCUUUAUUUUUAAAAUGCCAGCAGCAAAAUAGU